AUUUAAAGAGUGAUUAAUAGUUUUUUAUAAAAUAUAAGAAAAGUAUGUCAAAGGAAGAAGAAUAAAAAAAUUGUGCUAAUAUCAAGAGAACAAAUGCAAAAGUUGCUGCGAGUGGAGUCUCGUUACAUCCGGUAGUGCCAUCGAAGGACACUUCUGAUGAAAGGAAAAAUAGUUUAUAAGAUUCAAGACUUUAUCCAUUCAGGAGAAUCUAACCAGUGUCUUAUAAAAAUGGUAGCGUAUCUGUAAAACGCAAAAGUGAACAAAAAACUAUGGCUGACAAAUAACCGGCUAUAAGGAAUCAAUAAAACGUGAAAUUUUAAAUGACCCAAAAUUGGAAAUCAUCAUUCGGAAUCAGAAUCAAGAUUUAUUGUCCGAAUUUAUCCAGGGAAUUGUUCAGAAUUGUUUAAGGGAAUCUACCGAUUACUUGAUAAAAAAUAGUAGUAGUCCAGAAAAACGCAAGGAGGAGGAAAUAAAUAUGAAUAAAAAACUAACCGAAUUAAAGGACUUAUGGCAAAUUAAUGAUUUUAUUCCUCCAGCUCAGCCACUUUUCCAAACACUACCAACGCUUAUAAAAGCGGAUAAUAAUAUUAAAAACAAAUGUAAAGUUGAUAAAUCAGCUCUACCAACGAAUCUUAUGGAUGAAAUUAAACGUGGUGUGGAAUUGAAGCCGGUAAUAUCAGUGGCAAAAGUUAUAGAAAAAGCAAAGAUAGAUGAAAAUGAUCUUGGAAGAAUGAAUCCAUUAGAUAUUGCCAUGUUCCGUCUGGCAAAUAUGAUGUCGAGCCGUUCUAACUCCGACUCUUCAUCAGAAAACUCGUCUCAAGAUGAAUGGAAUUAUCCAAUAAAAAUUAAUCGAAAAGAAAAGCAUUGAUAAAUAAUGUUAAUAAGUCAACCGCUCUGGAUAUUGUAGGAGAGUAAUCAAAGGGCGACUUAGAUGAGCUGAGGAUACCGGUUUGUCUAAUACGGACAGACAAACUUGACUUUGUACUUACUAUGUUUUCAAAACCAAAUGCUAACAGCGAUGUUGAAGGUUUUUGAGAGAACUUUUUAAUUACAAAUUUAAUAUUAUUAUCCAUACUAAUUUUUUCGAAUUUGUUCUUUUUGUA